AUGAACACGAAUGCGGCAGUGAGCUCGCGUACGGCGGCACGACGCGCGAGGGCGGUGGCUCGGCAUAUGGGCCUGGUCACGGAGAGCAUGAGCGGUCUGGCCGUCAACAACGCGGCCAAGACCAAGGAGGUGGAUCAGGAAAAGCUCCGGCUCAAGAAGGAGCAGCGCAAGCAGCGACGCGAGGAGGAACGGCGUCAGCUGGGCGAGGAGCGCGUAGAGGUCUUCAACGUCGACGUGAUGGCGGAAUAUGUGCUGGGCAGCAAGUACCGGGCGCAGCGGCGUACGGUGACGGAGAGCGUGAAGGCCAACGCCGAGCUGUUCCCCUACAACUUUGAGCUCAGCAAGGAGGACCAGCGAGAGCGCGUUCUGCAGCAGGUGAGGUGGAUCGCCGCCAAAGGUUGGGCGUCGUUGGAUAUGCUCAAGUACGUCUUCGGACCCUCGGCUCGGGAGGACCCCACCAUGUAUUGCAAUUCGCUGGAGCCGUUUAUCGGCUACGACGGCUCCAUCGCCAUCAAGGCAGGCGUGCAUUUCCUGUUGUUUGGUGGAUCGGUGGUCAAUCUGGGCACGGAGAGGCACCAGAAGUGGUAUGACGCCACCAACAACCUGGCCGAGGGCGGUUGCUUUGCCAUGACCGAGCUGGGCCACGGCUCCAACGUGCAGGGCAUCGGCACCACGGCCGUCUACGACAAGGCCACCGGCGAGUUCGUCAUCAACACGCCCACCGACGUCGACCGCAAAUGGUGGAUCGGACAUGCCGCGCACGCCAAGAACGCGGUGGUGUUCGCCCAGUUGAACGUGGACGGCCAGGAGCACGGCGUGCACGCCUUCGUCGUGCCUCUGCGCCCGCGCGACAGCAACGCGACCUAUCCCGGCAUCCUCAUCGGCGACUGCGGUCACAAAAUGGGCCUCAACGGAGUGGACAACGGGUGGAUGAAGUUCACUAACGUGCGCGUCCCGCGCGAGAACCUGCUCAACCGCUUCGCCGACGUGCAGCCCGACGGCCAGUACGUCAGCUCGGUCAAGAACCCGCUGAAGCGCUUCGGGCGUCAGCUGGCUGCGCUCACGUGCGGACGAGUGUGUCUGGUGUCGGGCUCGUCGGCGACGCUGUCGGUCGCGCUGACCAUCGCCGUACGCUUCGCCGCCGGACGCAAGCAGUUCGGCCCGCCCGGCGAACCCGAACAACCCAUUUUGGACUACAUCUCGCACCAGCGCCGUCUGAUGCCCAUGCUGGCCAACUGCUACGCCUACCGACUCAUGGGCCACUACCUGCUCGAUCUCUACAAGAAUGCGGACAGCAACAACGCCAAGGCCAUCGGUGAGCUCCACUCGCUCUCCGCCGGCGUCAAGGCCGCCGCCAGCUGGUACACCAACGUGGCCCUUCAGGUGUGCCGUGAGUCGUGCGGCGGGCAGGGCUACGCGGCCUACAACCGCUUCUGCCACCUGCGCAACGAUCACGACAUCUACCAGACCUUCGAGGGCGACAACACCGUGCUCAUGCAGCAGGUGGCCAAGGACCUCCUCACCCAGUACAAGAAGCAGUUCGACGGCAAGCCCUUCUCCGGCAUGCUCAAGUACCUGGGCAAGCAGAUGGGACACGUCAUCUCGGAGAGCAACCCCUACGUCACCAACAUGGCCUCGUGGACCCACCUGAGGGACCAGGAGUUCCAGAAGGAGUACGCUCUCGGUCCCCAACUCAACGUUGCAACGUCGUCGCGGUGGCCGCACCGGUUCGGGAUUGCGUUCGACUACCGGGUGGCCCGGCUGCUGCACAACACUGCGCAGCUGCUCCAGAAGCGCGCCAAGAACAACGACUUCUUCACCGCCUGGAACCAGACCCUGCCGGAGUUGUUGCAUGUGGCCGAGGCCCACGUGGAGCGGGUGGUGGUGAAGCAGUUCGUGCGCCGCGUGAACGACUGCCCCGACAUCAACUGCAAGCACGUCCUCAAGCUCUUGUGCGACCUCUACGCCCUGACCAAGAUCGAGAAGGACCUCGCCGUGUUCAGCAAGGAGGGCUACAUCAAGAAGCGCAAGGCCAACGCCAUCAGCGAGCUCAUCACCGAGCUUUGCCAGGAGGUCCGCAUUCACGCUCUCCACCUCGUGGACGCCUUCGAAGUCGACGACUUUAUCGUCCACGCCCCUCUUGGCCUCAAGCCGGACGGACACGACCCUCUGUUGCGGGUGCUCAACUACGUGCAGACCAACUAUGCCACCUACCCGCAGAGCUCCUGA